AUGAAACUGAGGCCCCAGUGUUUCCUGCAUUUUCUGUGCUUAGAUAAAAUGUACUGUUUAUUAUCGGUCAGAAAUGCUAGGGUGCUGGCAUACUACUUUAAUUUACUCGAUGUUCAUAAAAAGAAAGCUUUGAAUGAUCUGCAGUUUUACCACUUUCUUCGCUACAUGACUGACCUGACCAGUGCGCAGAUCAUGCUGGUGUUUGAUUUGCUGGAUUGGGACGGCAAAGGGGAGGUUGGCUUCGAUGAGUUCUACAUGUUGGUGUGCAUCAUAAUGUCUCAUGAGAAUCACCUUGAAAAGCAGUUCAUGUAUCGUCAUUCUCACCCUGUUUUUGAGUUGCUGGACAUUGACGGAGGGCAUACAGUUGGUCCAGCGGAGUUCCAUGCCACUCGCUUCCUCUUCAAUAUUAGGAAGAGCGAGCUGAGUCUGAUAUUCAAGGACUUUGACAUCUCUGGUGAUGAGCUACUAAACUACAAGGAGUUCAAGAUGUUUACAAUCUUCUGCAUUGACAGACAACAGAGGAAGGCAAAAGGGAAACUGAGAAAACAGUUGGCUAAGGCUGCAGAAGAAGAAGAAGAAGAAGAGGAGGAGGAAGAAGAAAUUAUUGAUUUCACUAAGAUUUAAGUACAUAUGGAAGAAAAGAGUACUGUGUCCCCUGCCACCAGAAAAUUAAAACUCAAAAAGA